UGUUAUCAACGUUCACACAUCUCUAGCGCUGCCGAAAAAAAAGAAUUUUGCGACGACGACAAUAUUUAGUUUUGCACAUUUAAAUUAAACAAAUUAAUCUGUUAAACAUGUCGCAUUUGGUGAAAAUGGAGAAUGGCCAAAGUCAGACCAUCCAAGAGAUGUUGGGUUGCAUUGAGCGAUACAAUCCGGAUCAUUUGAAGAUUCUCGAAUCGUAUGUCCAGGACCAGGCCAAGAACAACACCUACGAUCUGGAAGCUAAUUUGGCCGUGCUAAAACUUUAUCAAUUCAAUCCACAUAUGCUGAAUUUCGAAAUCACCUACACCAUUCUGCUGAAGUGUCUCACCAACUUGCCACACACAGACUUCGUGAUGGCCAAGUGUCUGUUGUUGCCCCAGCAGAUGAAGGACGAGAAUGUCCAGACGAUUAUUGAUUUGGCUGACAUACUGGAACGUGCCGACUUCACCUUGUUCUGGCAGCGGGCUGAGGUUAAUCGUACCAUGUUCCGUCACAUAACUGGAUUCCAUGAUUCCAUACGCAAGUUUGUGUCGCAUGUGGUAGGCACCACAUUCCAAACUAUUAAAAAGGAUCUGCUUAAGGAGUUGCUCGGCGGCAUUGAAGAUCCCACAUUGGAAAGUUGGAUUAAGCGCAACAGCUGGAAACAUCAGGGACAGGAUUUGGUGGUAGUCGCCACUCAGGAUGAUAAGAUCAAAACAAAGAAUAUUACAGAAAAAAUUGAAUUUGAUAAUGUUGGCGCUCUGAUGGCUCAAUGCCUGUGAGCAGGAGGAUGUAUUUGUGCUUAGGUUGGACUACAUUUUAUACGAAUAAUUACAAAAAUACAACUAACUACAAAUAGUUUUA